UUCCCAUCUCUUUGAUUCAUCCCCAUACACAACAACACACUGCUAGAUCUCUUUCUGUGGGAUUUCAGGUGCUAAGGCAUGAACACGCCGACCGGUACCAAAUCUUUGUCGAUGGAGAUGAUGCAUGCCGAUGUGAAUGGUCUUAUAAAUCCAGCGAAAAUGAGCAAGUAGUGUUUAUAUUUAUGAUAAAAUCGGAAAACGGGACGGAUUGGGAACGUGCACUGUGGCAGUCUGCUUCUGUUCACCAAGAUUUGAGCCGAACUAAUGGGGAGAUCACACAGUCGGACACAAAGCUAGAAAGCUCAAGACCCGAUCAUCUACUUCCUUCGUGCCAGGGACUCCAUACUGUCGUUUUGGAUGCAGCUUAAUAAGCAGAGGAAGAGAAAGAAAGGAUUUCUCUCACUCCAGCGGACUAGAUUGUUUUCGGUAUGAUGAAAAAGUGAACUUGAAUAGUUCCAGAAACCCCAAAAACCACGUGAGACGGACCAAGAACUUUUGUGGGGGACAUCGGGCUGAAGUGGGCGCCAUCGUUUCCCACGUGGCAUCGUUGGUCAGGUAAGGAAACAGGGAUCCUGUAGGAUGACCAGCCUUUUCCGACGCAGCAGCAGUAAUGGAGGGUCUAGGGGUGGCGGAGGCUCGGCUGCAGGCGAGCUCAACAACUCCAAGCCCAACCGGCAAGUUCGACGGCUUGAGUUCAACCAGGCCAUGGAGGACUUUAAAACCAUGUUCCCAAGCAUGGACUAUGAGGUGAUCGAGUGCGUCCUGCGCUCCAACAAUGGGGCUGUGGAUGCCACCAUCGACCAGCUCCUGCAGAUGAGCAUCGAAGGGCAAGGCUCAGAUGACAGUUCGGAUUCAGAUGACAGCAUCCCACCAGAGAUUCUUGAGCGGACUCUCGAGCCUGACAGCUCAGAUGAAGAGCCGCCCCCUGUCUACUCACCACCAACAUAUGACAUGCACAUAUAUGACAGGAAAUACCCUGAUGCUCCUCCUGUUCCUCCACCCAGAUUCGAGGCCCAGCCUCCCCCUGGACACAGGCAAGUCCAAGGUUACAAAAACUGGAACCCACCGUUACUUGGAAAUCUGCCUGAUGACUUCCUGCGAAUUUUACCCCAACAAUUGGACAGUGUACAGGGCUCUCAGAGUAGCAUCUCCAUGCCCUCCUCCUCCUCAGUACCCCAGAAGGACCCGACUGUGGCGGCCGCCACUGGAACAGGUGGAGCUUCGGAGCAGGAACGCAAACUGAAGCAAUAUUUGGAGGAUGAGCGUAUUGCUCUCUUCCUGCAGAACGAGGAGUUCAUGAAAGAGCUGCAGAGGAACCGAGAGUUCCUCGUUGCGUUGGAAAGAGAUCGAUUAAAAUACGAGUCAAAGAAAUCCAAAUCCAGUCAUUCAUCAGCUAGCAUGGAGAACUCCACAGGUGACCACUAUGCUUCCGGAUCUGUAGAGGCCUGCACAGCAGUCUCAGAUGACGCUCUGUUCAGAGACAAGCUAAAGCACAUGGGCAAAUCAACCAGAAAGAAGCUGUUUGAAAUUGCCAGAGGGUUCUCAGACAAGACGAAGCGGAGGAAGUCUAAAAGAAGAACGUUGCUACGGCAUCAUUCAUUGGGCACAGCCAACUCCACUGCCAACCUCCUAGAUGAUGUGGAAGGAAACCCAUGUGAUGAAGAAAGUCAGCUCAGACGAUUGGCUGCACAGGAAGAGGAGGAGCCACGUAAGGAACCACUAUCAUGAUCCCUCCUCUGUGCUCUUGGGAGAUUAGGAUUUCCAUGGUGACCUCAGAAUGACCCAUGGCUGAUAGCUCCUUAUCUCAGCGGCUCCAGUGCAGGCAAUCCCAGACUCGAGAGGAACAGCCCAGGCAGGACUGUAUGCUCAUUUUGUAGCAGCCUUUUGCAAGCCUAAGAUUAUUGUUACCUACAUUUGAUUACUAUUAUAAUUAUUGUAUUGUAACUGUUUGUUAAUAUUUGGUUUCAUACGUAAAACUCAACAGCUAUAGUACUGAUUUCUUGAUGUAUUUUUCUUUUUUAUCCCUAAUCAUCUGAAAAGAAAUUCCCUUUAUGUUUGUUUAAAAUAUCAGUGACCUGAGGAGUUUCUUUCCCCAUUUAAGUUUGAUUUGACUUGUCACCGUUAGAAAAGAGGCAAAUAUUUGUUUUGUUACUGUCCAGAAGUGACACAACUGUCAGUUUCUUCAGCACAUUAGUAUAUAACUAUUUCUUUAUUUUCAAUGAACAUUAAUCUGCACAUUAAACAUCAACAGUAUUUCCUCAACGAAUGUAUCCAGACUGUCACGUUUAUUAAUCAAAGGGUUUGGGUUUUCUUAGGGGUUUGUUUUCUCCUUUCUUAAUCAUUGCUAUUAAGGAAAAAAACAUUAUUCAGGUCUCCAUUUAGUGUGUUGUGAUUUUAGGGUGCUAAAUAGUCCAUUUCCAUGCUCCAUUUUUACUUUUUUCAUACAAUUAAAUCAAUACAGAGUUCAUUUAGAUUAGAGUUGACCUCUCUUAAGGAGUCUCCGGCCAAGAAAGGCAAUGCACACUGUCAAUGCCAAAAUUCGAUUUCAGUCAUUUUUACAGAAAAAGAGAAAGGCGAAACCAAAAAGUUAGCCCGCUUCUCAUGUUUGCACUGCCAUAUCUGUUUUAUAAAAUGUCUGAAUGUUUUUGUUUUGUUUUGUUUUUCUUUGUGAAAAGUGAUUCGAUCUGUUUUUUUGUUUUUUGUAAUCUUAGAACAGGACAACCGGAGAAAAUUUGUAAUGAUUCUGUCUUUGAAACAACCAAAACGCUGCUGUGUGCUUUGCUUUUUCUUGCAAAUCACACUGAAUGAUUUACCCUAACCCUGUGCUUCCAGUAGGUCACAUGACUAUGUCAUAAGGUCAGAGGUCUAACUGUGAUCCACCAAUAAGAAUGUGCCAUUGUUCCUUUUAGUGUUGUGCAUCCCAGUAUUGAUUUAGUGUAAAGUAGCCUAUUGGAGGACUUUGUGUUUUAUGUAUGUCAGAUUGUCCAACUGGUCAAUUUUUUGAAACCAUCUAGUCACAGUAUUAUAUGUGCUGAAGCACACUUUUUGGAUUCCACCAUGAUACCGAUACACUUCAAGCUCCUGAAAUGGCCAUUAAAACUUGCUUUUUUUGUUUUUAAAGGGCAUUAUGUACAGUAUAUAAAGUGUUCAUGUCCAUGUCACAUAUGUCCUUAUAUGAUUUUUGCCAUUAUUACAGAUUAUAUAGGUAUCCAUAAGCAUCAUCAAUGACGUAUAUUUCACAUACAGUAAUUAUAUGUUCUGUGAAGUGUAAUAGCCUUCAUGAAAUAUGUGCCAGUGCAAUGCAUAUUGGCACAAUUUUGUUGUUGUUGUUUUUUUUUUUUAUCUUUAUGGAUGGCACAGACUUUUUAUGGACAAGUCAGUAAUUAGUUUUGAAAAUGAUGUGAAUUGAAAGAACAAAGGUUUUGUAAAAGCAAAACCUUGUUGAGAGUAGCAACACAAACCACAGAGCCUACGUUCCCAACGUUGUCAUCUGCGAUUUAGGGCAGGACUGUGCGAUAUUUCCCCUAUCAUCCUGCUUUUUAACAUAUUUAUCCUCUCAGGGAACUUGCUCUCAUUUCACUUUCUGCUUAAAGCACAACUAAAACUGAAAACUUCAUAGCGCAGAUACUCCGUUGAUAUGCAAGGUUGCGCCGUCUGUUUACUCGUCAUGAGGUUGAUAUGAACAAUUCAAAGACUGUGUGGAUGAUCUGCUUCGGUAUGUGGCCAAGUUCCUUUUCUUGAUCACGUGUCCUUGCGUGUUUAUGUGAAAUGUUUUCAAGAUCUACUACUUCAUCUUCUGUCUUUAUAUGGGAGAGAUAGAGGAAGAUGUGUUCAGAGAGUGCUGUGUGUGAGCCAUGUGAUUUUAAGUGGCUCUUAAAAAUUAGUGGAAUGUAAAAUUUAUACUGUAUUAGAAGGAAAUAACUGUAAAUAGUAAUUGGCUUUUUUUUUUUACAAAAAAUAUUUGAUCUUGCAAUUAUUUUUUUUCAGUCCCCUUUCUUUUGAAGAAAAUUAUUCUCACCAGAUUAAGUUGCCUCUUCCUCUAUUUGUCCAAAAUAAAUGUGAUUGUCCUGCAUCACGUCAUUCACUUAUUUCAAUUUCUGGACUUUUCUUGCAAUCCAGAUGUUUAUUAGCUAUUGGAAUAAAUAAUACAAUUGUUGGACUCUG